AUGAAAAUUGAUAAAUGUUGGCUGUGUUCCUGUAACGUAUAUCCAGGACAUGGAAUAGUUUUUGUUAGAAAUGAUUCAAAGAUUUUUCGGUUCUGCUCAAGUAAAUGCCAUAAACACUUUAAGGCUAAACAUAAUCCGAGGAAGAUUAAAUGGACUAAGGCAUAUAGGCGUUUGCAAGGCAAGGAGCUGAACAACGAUGAAAACAUUGAGAUGGAACUGAGGAAGAACAGGCCCGUUAGAUACAACAGAAACUUGUACAUCAACGCCAUCAAGGCGAUAAAACAGACAGAGAAGGUAGAACACCUUCGUAAACUGUUGCUAUUUAAGCAAAGGAGGAGGAACUUGGUGGCCAAGAAACUGAGCUUAGCAGAGAAGGAGCUGGAGAAACACAAGGAUAUACUGCCGCUGAAGUUAGACCAGUUGGAUACGGAGUCAAUGAGAUUAGAAACGGAAAGGAAGUCCACGGCGCACUUAAAGGUCACAGAACAAACAAAAUUCGUUAAAAAUCGCAACAGUAAGAAGGUGAAAGAUGACACAAUGGAUCUGGAUUCCUAA